UAUGCAUGUGCAGUUCUUUGUCAGCCAACAGGUACAGGGACCAGUCCUCAACCUAUUUCAUAUUAUUCUACUGCUUACUCAGAUGUUGAACUUGGACUACCACUGUGUUAUAGAGCAAUGGUGGGAGUCUAUUUAAUGUAUGACAAAGCAUCUUCGGUCACGAGGGGAUAUCCAGUGACAAUUCUUACUCAUCAUAGUCUCAGAAAUCUUUUGAACUAUGGCAGGUAUACGUUGACCAUGCCUAGACUUAGAGACUAUAAUAGGCUUUUAGAACAGGAGGAUGUCACAUUAGUCAGAAAUGUUACGAUAAAUCCAGCUGAGAAUUUGCCAACUCCAGAAGAUGGUGAACCACAUGAUUGUGUUCAAGAAGCAGAGAAAUACUCAAGAUUAAGGUCAGAUUUGAAAGCUCUCCCACUGCGUGAGGCAGAUGUAGAGUAUUGGACAGAUGGGUCCUGUUAUCGUGUGGGAGAUAAUUUGAGUGCUGGUUAUGCGGUGGUAAAAGCCCAGGGAACAGGAUUUGUUGUUGAGAAAGCGGAAGUGGUACCGCAGCCUGCAUCAGCGCAGCUUGCUGAAUUGGUGGGGUUAACUGAAGCAUGUCUUUUAGCGGAAGGCAAGCGUGUGACGGUCUAUACAGAUUCUGCAUAUGCUCAUAAUGUGUGUCAUUUGUUUGGAUCGGUAUGGAAAAAUCGAGGGUUUAAGAAAACAGAUGGUUCCCCAAUACAGCAUCACACUCAGAUAAUGGAACAUCUCCAUGCUAUGAUGAAACCUAAAGAAAUAGCAAUAGCUAAAUGUGCAGCACAUAAGAAGGAUGUGUCAAGAGUCACUCAGGGUAAUAAAGCGGCUGAUGAGGCUGCAAAAGCAGUGACAGGAGCUGAGAAGUUGGGUAAAGUUUUCUUGGUCACACAUGAAGUAGAUUUGGAGGAUAAGAUUACAGUGAAAGAUGUGGUCUUAAUGCAGGAAGCUGUCUCUGAGGUGGAUAAACAGUUGUGGGUGGAUCGAGGGGCAACACAGGAUUCUACUGGUCUUUGGAGAAAUCAUGAGGGACUGAUAGUAGCACCUCCAGACCUGUUGGGAUUGAUGAUUCAGGAAGCACAUGGCUUAGCCCAUGUUGCAAGGGGGGAAGUUAGGAGGUAAGAGGUACAUGUUGGU